AUGGCUUUAAUCAGCGCCAUGGCUCUGUGCACAUUGCUUGGACUACACGCCAACACACUAACUGUCGUCGCACCGACGUUGGCCUAUGCUAUAGGUAUUGACGGUGCUCUGAUCCUUUACAAUUGCUGGGUGAGUAAGCAUAAAAGUGGAAGUGUCAAGGAUCACAUGGCGAAGGUAUUUUCGUCUACGUUCCCAUCGUUGACGAUCGUUUCGUCUACAGCUAUUGGACUCCUGGCUGGCAGUCUGUUCCCUAUCGAGGAAUUCGCUGGAUUAUCCGUCUAUCUAGGCAUUACCAUACUUUUCAUAUACGCAUAUCAAAUUUUCUUCCUAUCGACGGUGAUCGCCUGGUGUUCUCCGAUAGAUGCGCAUUCUCCACUGAGCCAGGAAGCUUCCAGAUCCACGAAGACACUUCGGCAGCAAGGCUUCAAUGACAUGUUGGGCCGAUAUGCUCGAAGCGUCUCCAGUUCAGCAUGGUUAAAAAUAUUUGGUGCAUCACUGUUUUGUCUAUGUCUCGCUCUACCUACAUAUAUUGGAUCUACAAAGGUGCAUUCGAAUAUCGACUAUCGAGAACUACUUCCUGCCGAUUCGCCCAGCGCUAAAGGUGUACACUUUAUGAGCGAUGUUGUUUGGCCAGAGUUCUUUAAUGUGCUAUUCUUCAUUGAACGACCACCCACUUUUGAUGACCCUUCAUCGUAUGGAAGGUUUAAGCAAAUGAUCUCUGAAAUUGAAUCACUUCCGGGUACUGUAAACAAUUCGGGUAUGAUGUGGAUAAACGACUUUAAACGAUUUACGGACAUGAAAGAGAGCGAUACAGCUCUGAACAUGGCAUUAUUCGAGGAAUUUAUUACACACGACGUCUACAAAGCAUGGAAUUCUGGUGUACGGUAUCGAAUAGAAAACGAUCGUGUGGUCAUCACAAGAAUGCUAUACAUUGCCGCUUUUGAGAACGUGCGUUCCAUGAUGGACAAAGCGAUUGUACUGACGAAAUGCCGUCAGAUCGCUGCCAAAUACAAUGAGUUUGACGCCGUUCCAUUCGAUACGGAAGUGGGAAUGGUGGAUGUGAUAUUGCAGAUUCCUUACGUCACCUACUUUAUUCCACUUCUGGUCCUGACUGCAUAUGCUAUAGUCAGCGUGGCUUUAAUAGGGAACCUCGCCAUCUCCUUCGUUGCCAUCGGUUCUGCUGUAAUGGUUUUCCUCGAAUCCUACUGUAUUUCUUCACUGAUUGGAAUGAUUUUGAAUCCCUUCUCAACAGCUUUUCUCAUUGUUGUGUCAGUGUUCGCAACCAAAUUCUCAACCCAUAUCUGCUAUGCCUUUCAUCAGGUUCCUGAAGUUGAGUACCAAAACGACAAUUCAAGUCGAUUAACUCAGACGCUCCAGAGAGUACUUGUUCCAGUGGCAAUGAGUGCGAUUGCGGGGUCGAUGAUGUUCCUUCCCGUGCUGUUCACGAAUGUGGCAGUUUUCCGAUGGCUGUCUGUACUGAAUCUUUGCUGUCUGGUCGUUGGCGUUUUACAUUCGCUAUUUCUAACCCCGCUGCUAUUGACGUGGAUUCCGAAAGUUUUUACUGGUCGUCAGUUCCUCUGUACAACCAGCAAAAAGCCCGACGACGUUGUAAUGAAGAGCAUAAGCUAA